AUGACCUUCCCAACUGCUUUUGCUGAAGCCACCAGAUUUUCUACCACUAACGCAGAGCUAAGAAUCCGUGUAUUGAAUUUGUACAGAAGAUACUUGAGACACUCCAGAGAGUUUGUUAAUUCUUACGAUUUAGAUAUUCCCGCUUAUCAAGUGAAAACCAAAAUCAGACAAGAGUUUGAGAGACAUAGACACGUUCAAGAUUUGAGUAUUAAGAAUGUUCUAUACAUGAAGGGCCAAAUGGAAUUCCAAGAGCUUGUUAAUUUCUGGAAACAACAGUCUCAUGUUAUGAAGUAUUUUGAAGACUUUGAGCACUACAACUCAGCAUCUGGUAAUAGUUUUGUUCAGAAAUUCUUAAAGGGUGCAAAUUAA